AUGUUCUUGUUCUGGCCCUUAAUCGCUUUGUCUGUAACGUUGGUAUCAGGACUUGGUCGAGUGAAAACAAAUGAUUUACGUGCUGUAAACUUUGCGGCAGAGAUUACAGGACGUAAGCUUCUUGGGAGGGUUAUCAAGGAGACAGAAGAGGAAUCAGAAGAUGCUUGCCAGCUGUUAUGUGUAGAUGAAAGCCGUUGCCUGUCUUACAAUUUUGGACCAGCAGAGGACGGGAAAAGAUUCAAAUGUCAACUAAGCGACUCUGAUCGAUUUGCUGCAGUGGACAAUUUCUCUCAAGAUGACGAAUUUUCCUACAGGGGAAUACAGAGUUCUUGUGAGACAAGCGGUUCCAUUUGCGGCGGAAAAGGAAUCUGUAUCCCCAACUAUCAAGAUGGCAACGCAAGAUGCAAAUGUAAAGAUGGCUUCAGAGGACCAACUUGCGCUAUAGGGCCAGACAGCUGCGCUGAACUGCUUCGAGACGGUUGGAAUUCCAGUGGCGUAUACACCAUCAAUCCAGAUGGGGGAAAACCAGUGCAAGUGUUGUGUGACAUGAAUACAGAUGGUGGAGGUUGGACCGUUUUUCAGAAACGUUUAGACGGCUCUGUAGAUUUUUUUCUAGGAUGGGAACCUUACAAAUACGGCUUUGGAAAUCCUAAUAGCGAGUUCUGGCUUGGAAACGAUAAUCUUCAUCAUUUGACAGACUCUGAUGACGUCAUGCUGAGAGUUGACCUGGAAGACUUUGAAGGGAACAUCACCUACGCCGAGUAUACUACUUUUAAGGUUGCAGACGAGGCUGAUAAGUACAGGCUUUUGAUUGGAGGAUAUUCUGGCACAGCUGGUGACUCCAUGCUUGAGAAACAACCUCUAAGUGGGAUGCAGUUUUCGACCAAAGAUAACGAAAACGACAAAAAUCCCAAAUAUCACUGUGCUGUGAGGUUCAAAGGUGCUUGGUGGUACAACCGUUGCCAUAAUUCGAAUCUCAACGGCAUCUACCAUGGUGGGGCAUAUACCUCAUACGCCGAUGGAGUUUGCUGGGAAGGAUUCAAAGGACUUUAUUAUUCGCUUAAACGUACGGAGAUGAAGCUUCGACCCCUUAUUAUGAAAAAAUAA